AUGAAGUUCUCAACGGGCUCGAGUUCGAGCAGUCUCGCCAGCGAUUCGCUGUCGAGAAAGUCUACUUUAUGCAUUUAUACAGAAGUCGAUGCAACAAUGCCGCCUCCGCCUUGCGAGAGGAUGGACAGCAGUUCAGAAGCGAUGGAGCUGCGGCGUGAGCUGGAUGCGGUUAAAAGCGCAUUGCAGCAACAGUCAGAAUCUGUCCUGAAGCAGCGGCAUCAACUGGUCGAAGCAGGGCAAGCCCUCGCAGCCCGUGACAAGCGAGCUGCGCAAGAGAGACGGCUACGGCAAGAUCAACUCGCGCUCGUUCUUCGCUCUCUUGUCCUUCUAGAAUCCCGCCUUACAAGAGAACAAAGACAAAUAAACAUAUCACUUCAACAGAAGGACAAAAUUAUCAAAUCACAACAAGAAGAAAUAGUAAAACUUAAAGCUAGAAAGUCCUAUUGCAGCAACUGCCAACAGCUACUCGGAUUCACUAGUGAACAAACAAAUAUUGAAACAGAUCCAGAAUUCCAAAGCUUAGAAAGUACUGAUUCCAGGUUUCCAAAUACAUUUGUAAGAAGUUGUAGUUAUCGCGAAAGAAACUCUCCUCCUGUUUUUCAAAAGAACACGCGACUUAGUAAAAGCUUUCAGCUGCCGAAGAGCGAUGUCAUAUAUGGAAACACUAGCUCCAGUGAAGAGGGCAAUCAUGCGAGUAUCAGUAGUAAAGGAACAUUCAUAAAGAAUAAACAAGCGUUUAGCAGACGCGAUGUGUUUCGAAGAUCAAGGAAGUAUUCAGGAAGAAAGAAUAACGGAAAGUACUCCAAUAACAUUCAAAAAGGUUAUGUUAAUCAAGUUAAUAAUAGUAGUAGUGCUGAAGAAUGCAUAAGUUUGAGCUACCAAGUUAAUCAAGAUGACAACGACUCUACAGUCAACCUAAUUGCAAAUGACAUAAGACGGGCUUCGCUAAAAAUAGAUCAACUUAUUGGCGAAGCAGCUAAAAAGGAGCUCGAGAGUACUCAAAGCGAUUCUGAUAAAACAUAUUCAACAAAAAUGGAACGAUUACAUGGCAUCAAACGACAAGCAUCUGAUGAAAUUAAAGCUAAUAGACAACUUUUUCUUAACAAUGUGCUCAACGAAGAAAAUAAUGAAAAGCCUUGGUAUUGUAAUGUUAGUGAUCCAGAGCAAGAUGCUGAUGACCUAGACCAAAGAAGUUCAUUAAGUAAUAAUACAUCGAACAACAACGAAUUUGUUAUCGCUGAUAUUAAUGGGAUUCGUAAUGCUGAAAUUGUCUAUGCCAAGAAUGAUAUUCUGUGUGAUAACAUUAUGAAAAGUAACUUAAAUGAAAAAUAUAUUUCAAAAUUUGACGAUAAAAAUAAUAACAUUGAGGUGAACUUUCCAAAGCAAUCUUCUAUAAAUGAAAUCAAUGAGAAUUGGUACGCCAGCACCAGCGAUGCUGAUGAUAGUCCUCCUAAUGAAAUUUAUAAAAAUAAUCCCGUACUAGAAUGUGUCAACCAAAUUCUACUGCAAAAUUCUUUAGAUGACAGCAGUAACGACAAUUCUAAAUCUAGUGAAUCCCCAAGCCCUAAAUCAACGACAAAACGUGUUCAGUUUUCUACUUUAAAUAGUAUUUCUUACGAUGACAAAAUAAGAAUAAAUGGCAGCAAUAACACACUUCCAAGGACUGAUAAAAGAGCCAAUAAAAUCGUUAAGUUCAGUCUAGAGACUGCUUCUGAACACAGUUAUGAAGUCCCAAACACAGCUCAAGGAUUUCAAUAUGAGAUACAAAGUAUCUAUAGCAAUGAAUAUGAGCCAAUAGUGACAAAAGCUACGGAGCAAAAACCUGCGCCGUUACCACGAGUAGUGCCAAAUAUCGAAAAGAUUGUUCCUAGGAUUAGGGGCUCCAUGGUUAAAAAUAUUGCCGCCAACAUCGAGAAUCGAAAUAACUUAAUGGAAGGAAGGAUAGAUAAUGUUGGAUCAAUGAAGAUGUUCAACAAAAGGAAAGUGCCACGAACUCCUCCUGCAUUGCCGCCAAAGCCAAAGAAUUUAUCAGCUAAACUGAAAGCUGAAAACACUGUCAAACUAGCGACAGAACCGUUAGACUCUGAAGCCGUUGCGGCUAAUCAACGGGUUGCAGACGUUAAGAUGAGAAAAGUGGGACAAGUAGCAAAUGUAAAGAACGUAGAACCGGACUACUGCUCCAUUUCAGAGAUAAAUGUUCCAGUAGUCAGCAAUGGUAAACGAGAGUUGCUUCUCACACAGCCUACGGUAGAGAUUCAUAACGAACAGUACCCGAUACAUGCAGUUAAUCAGAGGAACAGCGUGGCAAAGGUUAUAUCCUUGCCAAGAAUCCAAAAUAAAAUCAGUGAUAAAGACAUUCCAAAACUUCCACAUGUCACUGAAAUCAUAAUUCCAGACGAAGAUGAAAAGCCAACCGAAGAUCAUCAUUCAUUUCCGAAAACGGCUGACGGUUACUUGACUAACUUCAAUAUCCAUCCUCUGCAACCGAAAUUGGAUCCCCGUGCUUCGAUCCAAAUGGGAAACACAGUAUCUUCUAUAUUGUCAGAAAUCAACAGAGGUGUAAAGUCUGGCGGUAAGCAAAUCAACUUGACUGAAUUAGAUCAUCAAUUUAGUCCUCACCAUGGUCCGGAAAAGACAAAUGUUAAUACCGCAGAGCCACGCAAAGCAGAGUAUCUUGAUGAUAUUGACAAGUUUGAUUUGUCGCAGGAUUUUGAAGAGUUUAAGAUAGACGAUGAGCUUGGCAGUAUAGUUGCAGAGGAGUAUCGCAUUAGUUCUAGUAGCAGUGACGGUUCUGCAUGUGACGUGGUAACGGAGCAUACACACACCAAUGUACCUGAAAAAGAUAAUCAGCAUAAUAUGAACGAUAAUGAGAACGGAAAGUCUGAAAACUUUCAUGACAACAACGAAAGCACCAUAAACAAAGCUCUGUCAAAAAAUGCCAAGCUUUCCAACAAACCUGAUCUCCUAUCGAAUAUAGAGAAUUUAGAGACUGAGUCCGUAAGAAAUUCCGAUAUAGAAUCCAGUAAUUCUUCUGGUAGUAACAGCGGUUCUUAUAACACUGUUAAAUGCGAGCCGCGAAUGAUUAUUAGUUCCGAGACGAACGCAGCUAAAACGAAAGGGUCUUUCGAUUUCUUUCUGGAAACGUCUGGUCUGAGUUCUAAGUCUAUAUUUACACCUAGUAAGCACUAUUUAACUAUGAGACCUCCUAGUGCCAAUCAUAAGAAUGUAUUGAAACCUAAGGAUAUAAAGAUGCGUGUUAAAAACCCCAUCGCAACGAACAAUAUCAACGAAAAAACUAUGACGACCGCUAUUAAGUAUUUUGAGCCCUAUGUGUAA